AUGGCCCAGCACAAUGUGGGGAUCAACAGGGAGUACGGAGACUGGGACUGGAGCGCGGACGCCGGGGAGCGGGCAAGGCUGCUGCAGAGCCCCAAUGUGGAGACCGGGCUGAAGAGCGACGAGGGGCAGAGACCCGGAGCGGGGACCACCUCCACCCUCGGGGCCGUCUUCAUUGUGGUGAACGCUGCCCUCGGGGCUGGGCUGCUCAACUUCCCUGCAGCCUUCAGCACUGCGGGCGGCGUGGCCGCAGGGAUCGCGCUGCAGAUGUCCCUGCUGGUGUUCAUUAUCGGAGGGCUGGUGAUCCUGGCUUACUGCUCGCGGGCCAGCAACGAGCGCACGUACCAGGAAGUGGUGUGGGCUGUGUGCGGCAAGGUCCCCGGCGUGCUCUGUGAGGUCGCCAUCGCCGUCUACACCUUUGGCACCUGCAUCGCCUUCCUCAUCAUCAUCGGGGACCAGCAGGACAAGAUCAUUGCUGCGCUGGUGAAGGAUCCCCAGGGGGCAGGGGGCAGCCACUGGUACGCAGACCGCAAGUUCACCAUCAGCAUCACGGCCUUCCUCCUAAUCCUGCCCCUCUCCAUCCCAAAGGAGAUUGGCUUCCAGAAAUACGCCAGCUCCCUGAGCGUGAUUGGCACCUGGUAUGUCACCGCUGUCGUCAUCAUCAAAUACAUCUGGCCUGACAAGGAGAUCACCCCAGGGCACAUCCCCACGCGCCCCUCCUCCUGGAUGGCCGUGUUCAACGCCAUGCCCACCAUCUGCUUCGGAUUCCAGUGCCACGUGAGCAGCGUGCCCGUCUUCAACAGUAUGAAGCGGCCCGAGGUGAAGCCGUGGGGAGCGGUGGUGACAGCAGCCAUGGUUAUCGCUCUCUCUGUCUACGCAGGGACAGGGAUCUGCGGGUUCCUGACGUUUGGCGCGAGCGUGGACCAGGAUGUGCUGCUGUCCUACCCCUCCGACGAUGUCCCCGUUGCCAUUGCACGGGCCUUCAUCAUCCUCUGCGUGCUGACGUCCUACCCCAUCCUGCACUUCUGCGGCAGGGCCGUGCUAGAGGGGCUCUGGCUACGCUACAAGGGGGAAACGGUGGAGGAAGAUGUGGUCCGCGAGAGGCGCCGACGUGUGUUCCAGACAGUCUGCUGGUUUCUCCUGACUCUCCUCCUGGCCUUGUUCAUCCCAGAUAUCGGCAAAGUCAUCUCUCUCAUCGGGGGCCUGGCUGCCUGCUUCAUCUUCGUCUUCCCGGGACUAUGCCUGAUUCAAGCCAAACUUUCUGAAAUCCAGGAAACCAGGUCAACCAGCUGGUGGGCGCUGGUCAGCUAUGGGACGUUUAUGGUCACGCUUGGAGCCUUCAUCUUUGGACAAACCACUGCCAAUGCCAUCUUUGUGGAUGUGAUGGCCUGACUCGUUCCACAGGACUGGUUGAUGCUGCCCUCCUUAGAAGUAGCUUUUCCUUUGGGACAGCCCGGGACUGAAGGAAAAAAUUGCUUUGGCUUCUGAUGUUUCCAAAAAGUUGGUUGGAGGGGAACACAUUCCUCUCCU